AUGAAAGGACUAAUUUGGUCACUUCAAAAUACGGAACAGGUGGAUACCAAUCCCUUCGCGAUGGAUAUUCGCGUGAUUGACGACACGGAGGAGUUGGUGAUGCCUGAAGAGCUCAAAGAUUUGGGAGAGCAACAAGCUGUGUCAAGGGCUCUCGGUGUGCUGAUUCACGCGCUUUUAUUCCAUGAACCAUGUGUGACUCUAAAACCGUGGGAACGGAGAAGAGCCCGACCAUCGUGCCUUCAAGCGACUGCUAUGUGGAGCCAUAUGCAAGUAUGUAGUCACUGUGAUGCGUAUGCUUUUCUGAAGGAGGUAACAGGUUAUUAUGAUGAACAAGAACCGCUCAAAACAGUUCUGAGCGAUGCAUUUGCUGAACGUGUUGCUCGACAAUUGAAAGCUCCACAUCACUUCAUACUGGAUGCUGAUACGGGAAGUAAUAAAUGUGCAGUGGAGGUGCAGACAGAUAUCAGUGUCUUUACCGACGACAUCGUCCACGUCUUCGCAAAGUCACCUCCUCACGUAUGUGUCUUCUUCGCCGAGCCACGUCUUGGACUGUAUGAAGAGGUUCUCAGUGACUACAAUAAAGAAAAAAGACAUGUCGGCAUUCAGGUCGAUAAUAUGCCUCGAGACUGCUGCAUGACAUGCGGUAAAUUUAACAUAUGCUAUGAUGGCGAAAACUCCAAAGGUAAAAGCAAAAAAGGUGGACGUAAAGGGAACAAAGGCGGUCGUCGUAACAAGAAAUCAAAGUGA